AACCAAACUAUGUAAUACAGCCAGAGAAGAAAAUGGCUUUUUUCUCCACUAAGAAGUUCACUAACAUCUUGAGAGUAAUAGUUGAGGAACAACAGGUGUCCGGAAGGGAUGAGUUACUGAGGAAAGAGUACACCAGGGAAUGAAGGCAAGAAUUCAUCUGCAUUAAUACCACCAUGCCAAGAUUCCCCACCAGGGUUAUGAGAUACAUCACCGCAGUUUGGGAUUAUCUGUAAAUCAUAAAGGAACAAACUCUGUCACCCUUCUGUCAUUGCUCCAGUAUUUAUCUGAUGAAAUGAGUAGAUAAAUAUGAGGCAAUUCAAAAGGUUUUAAAUCAAAUUUAAAUUGUAACAAGGAAUGGCUGUGUAUCUUGGGGUAAUGGAUAGAUAGGGGACACCCACCUACUAUAUAAAUGACUGCAUAACUGGAUAAUAUUGCUCGUGGAUGCCACCUGAAGGUGCAGGGAUCUGGUUGUUACAGAAUAAUCUGCAGGAGUUUAGCUGCUGUCAGACAUCUGUGUUCCUGGCCAUCCUGCAUUGCUGAAUACAUGACCCUGAAAAUGCAACUAAUUUCUACCAAAUCUUUAAUGAAUUCUGCAGCAAGACAUGGUCCUGGUAAUAAAGCUGCUACUCCUCACCUGCCUCUGGCCAACAGCUGUGCUAACCAGUGUCAGUUCUCAAAGUGAUCAUCAUCAUUUUCUUCAUCAUCAUCAUCAACAGAAAUGCUCAUCCAUGAAGAAGUAUAACAGCAAACGAGAUAUUAAAACGAGGAAAUUAGACAGCACCAAAGUACGCCCACUAAAGGCCGAGCAGCUUCUCCGCAUAGACAACCAUGACUUUGCAAUGAGACCUGGAUUUGGAGGAUCACCGAUACCAGUGGGCAUUGAUGUGCAGGUGGAAAGUAUUGACAGCAUUUCAGAAGUUGACAUGGACUUCACGAUGACCUUAUACCUCAGACAUUACUGGAAGGAUGAGAGGCUUUCAUUUCCUAGUACCAAAAACAGAAGCAUGACCUUUGAUGGAAGACUGAUCAAAAAGAUCUGGGUACCUGAUGUAUUUUUUGUCCAUUCCAAAAGAUCUUUCAUCCAUGAUACAACUAUGGAGAAUAUAAUGCUCCGAGUGUACCCUGAUGGCAAUGUACUCUUCAGCCUAAGGAUUACAGUUUCUUCCAUGUGUUUUAUGGAUUUCAGCCGAUUCCCUCUGGACACUCAGAACUGCUCUUUAGAACUGGAAAGUUAUGCUUAUAAUGAAGAUGAUCUAAUGCUGUACUGGAAACACGGGAAUGAGUCACUGAGCACGGAUGAGCACAUCUCCCUUUCCCAGUUCUUCAUUGAAGAGUUCAGUGCUUCUAGUGGACUAGCUUUCUACAGCAGUACUGGUUGGUACAACCGCCUUUUUAUAAACUUCGCCCUAAGAAGGCAUAUUUUCUUUUUUGUGUUACAAUCCUAUUUCCCAGCUAUGCUGAUGGUGAUGCUGUCCUGGGUUUCAUUUUGGAUUGACAGAAGAGCUGUUCCUGCCAGGGUAUCACUGGGCAUAACUACUGUGCUGACCAUGUCAACCAUAAUCACAGGAGUAAGUGCCUCAAUGCCUCAGGUGUCUUACAUAAAAGCUGUGGAUGUAUACUUAUGGAUCAGUUUUCUUUUUGUCUUCCUGUCUGUCAUCGAAUACGCAGCUGUGAAUUAUCUCACCACAGCAGAAGAGAGAAAACAACUCAAAAAAAGAGGGAAGGUUGCAGGAAUGUAUAACAUUGAUGCAGUACAAGCAAUGGCCUUUGAUGGCUGUUAUCAUGACAAUGAGGCUGACAUUGAUAUGACCACCUUUGCGGUCCACUCUGAAGACAGCUCAGCCCGGGGACGGACAGCCAGCAUCCCCAACCUAGAUGCAACCCGCAUAAAAAGGAAGAGAUCCUUGAAAGGAAAUGUGGGCAGGAUUAUUUUGCAGAACAAUCACAUCAUUGACACAUAUUCCAGGAUUAUAUUUCCCACUGUGUAUAUUUUAUUCAACUUUUUUUACUGGGGUUUGUAUGUAUGAAAGGAAAACACUAUAAUCUAUGCACUAUUUUGCAUGUAAGGAUCGCAGAAUCUGUGUUUUUUAAAAAACCAACAGCAAUAGAAGAAAUGUUUAAAAGUUUCUGAAAUUGAGUCAGACAUCGGUCAAGGGGAUGUUGGUUUGGUGACAGAAAAAUUAUGAAUUAAAAACCCAAAUAUUUCUGGCUUCUUCAUGCUUUGUAAGCUUUACUUCUGAAUGUUAAGAAGAUUUUUAAUUGGCCCACUCAGUGCUUCACUGUGGUAGCCUUCCUUGGGCUACUUCCACAGUUGCAUAGGAAUUUGCAUAUCAAGGGACCUUGCACCACACUGCUAAAUAGUUUACAGCUCCAGUAAAAGGGACUUAAACGUAUUAUCCAGUCUAGCAUGCUGUAACCAUUCCUCUCUAUUCAGCCUCUCUGCUCAUUCCCUAUUUGUGACCCAGGCAAGUAUGAUGCAGUCAGCAUGAGAAUUCUUCUCCAAAUGUCUCCUCUCUGUCUUCGCUUCCUGCAUUCCUGUUGUGCUGGUCAGUUUGCUAUAUACCUCAGUAGCCUUUGUGCUUGGAUGGCAGUUUGGUGGAAGGGGAUGAUGGAUGAGCAGUGAACUGGGGACCAGCCACAGGCAGGAAGUGAGCUGGAUGGAGUUCUGCGCAUUGUACAUCAUUAAGGCCUCACACAACCUGAGGCUGUCUCUGACUUCCGUGCAGCCACUAGUGUUUUGGAGUGACCUUAGAUCAUCAUUCCUUGAAAUGUUGACAGUAUUUUAAUAGCUAGGGGCAGUCUUGGCUGGAUGAAUGGGCUGGUACAAGGAGCAGACCUGUCAACUAUACUUCUUUACAAGAUAUGUCACUCAUUUUGAACCCCAUCUAAUUCAGCCUCACACAAACUCGCUGUUACCUUCCUGCUUCCAUAAAUUAUUCAGAUCGGAACUCUUAAGGCUGGUAUUUUAGAAAACUUUAUAAAGGGAAAAGGGAAAAAAAUCCCCACUUGUUACAAGAUUCUGGCUCUUCUAUUUUUUAUUGUACACAUCAGUUUGGGUUUUUAUCUCACAUCUUGGUCUUGGAGGUUGAAAGUUCUGGUGAGGAGAAGCUUUGAAGGCUGCUUAGUACUAUGAUUCUGAUCUUAGUCAAGGUACUGAAGAUCACGGAGAGUGAGAAACUACAACGUAGAGGAAAUUAAAGGAAAAAGUUAUGCAGAAGCAGAGCCACAUUCUCUCAACCUGUCAAUCCCCAGAAGGAAUCCUGCAUCGAUUUCCCUUUAGUUCAGGCAAUGGGGAGUCAAACGUAGGGAACCAAGGCAAAAAGAAGCUCAGCAACAGCAAAAAAGAAUCAAGUAAUUAUGGAAUUACUUGUGUGACUUGUCCAAAUUAGUAGCACUCUCCAUAGGAAUUAUUUGUCUCUCAUUAAUAAAAUGAAUUCCAUGUGGAGAUGUGUGUUGGUAGAAAAUGUCAAAAGCUAAAUGCCUGCCACUGCUGGGUUAAAAUAAAGGAAAUGGAAAUAAAGUUGAAAGCAUGAAUCAUUUUCUGGCAUAUAUGAUUUCACUGCUGUGAUACUAUUUGUUCAUAGAAUGAUGAUGUUUGCUACUCUGCAAAAAGCAUUGUCAAGAUCCCAAAUAUGGAUUUGGAAAAGUUGGCGAAUCACUGCACACAGGGAGAUUGAAAUCCAUGGAGUGAGUGGGAUUUUUGGCAACCACUUUACUGUCAAACAAAUUAUCAGUGCUAAUAUUGUUUGAUACUGGUCCAGGGAAUCCUGUCACAGAAAGCAGAACUGUGCAUUUGGAAUGACAGUGUUGGGAAAGUAAAUCCAAAGGACACAGAGAUCGUACAACAAAGCCUUGGUAUUAGCACAUGAGGCCUCAGGAUGAGCAGAUUUAUGUUGUAUAAAAAAAGUUAAUACAGCAUCCUUAUUGUGCCACCAUUUCCACCCACAGAUUACCCACUCUACCCUACACAUAUGCUCCAGUUUGUCUGAGAAGGUCCCAUCCAAUUGUUCCAGUUGUGCUCUCUCAAAUUUUUAACCCUAUGAAUUACUGUAAAAACAUCACAAUACAAAUUGUUGUUUGCUGUAUUGGAACAAAUAUUUUCCCAGUAUCUGAAGGGUACACAGCUACCAGUUUAAAUAAUACCACUGGAACUUCUUGGUUGUAAUUAGGUAAUUCCUAUUCUAAAAUUCUUACUGAAUAGUUGAUAGCAAAAGUUCCAUAAUACUGAAUGCGCAACUCCUAAAACAGCCUGGCAAAUGGGAGAGAAAGUGGAGAUGUUUACAAAGGGAGAGGAAAAAAGUUCUCUGUAUUUCCUUUCAUAGCACAAUUUCUUUAGUCUUCUGAUGCACUAGGCUAGUUUAAUUUGUUCUGAAAGCUGCCCGUUCCAAUUAGAAAGCAAUUGUUUUGCUUGGUGGAAGAAACAGGUAUUUACAUUGAUACAGAAAGUAAAUACAAAAGUAGCCAUUGGUAAAGUGCUUUCAACAGGAAAAGCACAAUGUAAAUGCUAAGUUAAAAUGCCCAAACAAAGAUAUGCCAUUUGCUCAGACAGUCUACACACGUUGCAUACAUUGGCUGGGAAGCUUAUAAUUUUUUGACAAUGCAAUGGGAGAUGAUGCUGAACAUAUUGUAGUAAAUUUUCAAAGGGCUGCAGAAAGACUUUGUUCACAAACCCAUUACAUGUAUGAUUAAUAAAUAAUUACAAUCAGCACUUAUAUACCAUAUUUCAUCUUCACAGAGCUCUCCAAACAUCAAGUUACUAAUCUUUACAGAACCCUUUUGAAGUAAGUAUCUUCCAGAUCGAGAAAGUGACAGACAUUUCUUAGUACAGUCAGUUUCUUUAGUGUUGACACACUAUUUGAGGGAACUCUUAUGGUUAUUUGCAAACAUUCAGGUAAACCAGGUUUUAUCCACAAGUUCAUUCAAUGAAAGUUAAAAUGUCACAAAUACUUAUGCAAAUAUGCAGCUGUAUGGGGGCUUGUACACCACCAUUUAUGUCGGUAUAACUUAUGUCGCUCAGGGGUGUGAAUAAGCUGCGCCCUUGAGUGAUGUAAGUUACACCGACUUAAGUGCUGGUGUGGACAGUGCUAUGUCAGCAGGAGAGCCUCUCAUGGAGGUGGGAGCUCUCUCAUCGGCAUAGCGUCUACAGCAGCACAGCGCUUCUUGUGUAGACUAGCUUGAGUUUUCACUCCAGAAGCAUUCACACAGUGAUUCUGAAAACCCUUUGUGGGUUUGGGAAUUAACCAAUCAAGGAGCAGAAAUAACACCAUGUGAUGACUUAGGUCACAGUGACCAAUCACACUGUAGGAUCUGGGCCCCAUAUUUUUAGCAUAUGUUGAUACAUCAAUCAGUAUGAAGAAAUCAGACAUCCUUUAUCGCAGGAGCGGGUGGGUGAGAUUCUGUGGCCUGCAUUGUGCAGGAGGUCGGACUAGAUGAUCAUAAUGGUCCUUUCUGACCUUAGUAUCUGUGAAUUUAUGAAUUGUUGAUGUAAGCUUCAAUACCACAAACCUCAAAGUCUGGAGAGUGACUCUGAUCUUUAAAGACUGAUAACAAGAGACAGUGGUACAUUUAUAUAUGCAUAUAAUUUGCAUGGAGAGGUAUGCAGUAGCUCAUCUCAAGUGGUCUGUUUUUCAAAGAGCUCAAAAUAAACACCAUUGCAGGUACCCAGAUAUCUUUGGAGUGAUAACAUGGAAUUUAUACAUUUAAAUAAAUUUUGCUAAUUAUGCUGAAUGCUGG